ACAGGGAAGCGCAAAGAACAAGAGAAAAGAUGCAUCCAUUUGAGAUCUAAAAGGAGACAAUGAGGUGAUAUUUUCCCAUUUCCCAGGUGUUGUGUUUCCAGCUCCUACCCCUUCUUAUUUUAGAGACUGGCCAUUACUAGGAUGACCGGGGAAUUCAUCCCCUCAGCACUGUUCCCCAGGCACUUGGAUAAUGAAAUCGAGUUGUCUUCAUCUGCAUUAUAUGUAGACAGAAGGUCACCAUCUACAACCUGGUGAAAAAAUGAGCCAGAUCUUUCUGCUGUAAAGACAGACACAUGAGCUGAGAAAAGCAGACUCUAAGAUGGACAUAGAAGACUGCAAUGGCCGCUCCUAUAUGUCUGUGGGACCAAUGGAAUUAUGGGCACGUUCAAAGGAUGAUAGCAAGAUGGGUCAGACACACACAUAAGAGUCAUUGGCAACACCUGAGUAGUGUAAGCGGGGACUCAUCUCUGGAGAAGGAGUUCCUCGGGGCCCCAGUGGGGCCCUCGGUGAGCACCCCCAACAGCCAGCACUCUUCUCCCAGCCGCUCACUCAGUGCCAACUCCAUCAAGGUGGAGAUGUACAGCGAUGAGGAGUCAAGCAGACUGCUGGGGCCAGAUGAGCGGCUCCUAGAAAAGGAUGACAGUGUGAUCGUGGAAGACUCGUUGUCAGAACCCCUGGGCUACUGUGAUGGAAGUGGGCCAGAGCCUCACUCCCCCGGGGGCAUCCGGCUGCCCAAUGGCAAGCUCAAGUGUGAUGUCUGCGGCAUGGUCUGUAUCGGACCCAAUGUACUCAUGGUGCAUAAGCGCAGCCACACAGGUGAGAGGCCCUUCCACUGCAACCAGUGUGGUGCCUCCUUCACCCAGAAGGGGAACCUGCUGCGCCACAUCAAGCUACACUCUGGGGAGAAGCCUUUCAAAUGUCCCUUCUGUAACUAUGCUUGCCGCCGGCGUGACGCGCUCACGGGCCACCUCCGUACACACUCGGUCUCCUCUCCCACAGUGGGCAAGCCCUACAAGUGUAACUACUGUGGCCGGAGCUACAAACAGCAGAGUACCCUGGAGGAGCACAAAGAGCGGUGCCACAACUACCUACAGAGUCUCAGCACUGAAGCCCAAGCUCUGGCUGGCCAACCAGGUGACGAGAUACGUGACCUGGAGAUGGUACCAGACUCCAUGCUGCACUCAUCCUCUGAGCGGCCAACUUUCAUUGAUCGGCUGGCCAAUAGCCUCACCAAACGCAAGCGUUCCACCCCCCAGAAGUUUGUAGGUGAAAAGCAGAUGCGCUUCAGCCUCUCAGACAUCCCCUAUGAUGUGAACUCGGGUGGCUAUGAGAAGGAUGUGGAGUUGGUGGCACAUCAUGGCCUGGAGCCUGGCUUCGGAGGUUCUCUGGCCUUUGUGGGGGCAGAGCAUCUGCGUCCCCUCCGCCUUCCACCUACCAACUGCAUCUCAGAACUCACACCCGUCAUCAGCUCUGUCUACACCCAGAUGCAGCCCCUCCCCGGUCGACUAGAGCUUCCAGGGUCCCGAGAAGCAGGUGAGGGACCCGAGGACCUGGCUGAUGGAGGCCCCCUCCUCUACCGGGCCCGAGGCCCCCUGACUGACCCUGGGGCCUCCCCUAGCAAUGGCUGCCAGGACUCCACAGAUACAGAGAGCAACCACGAAGAUCGAGUUGGGGGGGUGGUAUCCCUCCCUCAGGGCCCCCCGCCCCAGCCACCUCCCACCAUUGUGGUGGGCCGGCCCAGCCCUGCCUACGCCAAAGAGGACCCCAAGCCGCAGGAGGGGUUACUGCGGGGCACCCCAGGCCCCUCCAAGGAAGUGCUCCGGGUGGUGGGCGAGAGUGGUGAGCCCGUGAAGGCCUUCAAGUGCGAGCACUGCCGAAUCCUCUUUCUGGACCAUGUCAUGUUCACCAUCCACAUGGGCUGCCAUGGCUUCAGAGACCCUUUCGAGUGUAACAUCUGUGGUUACCACAGCCAGGACCGGUACGAAUUCUCCUCCCACAUUGUCCGGGGGGAACACAAGGUGGGCUAG